AUGGCGAAAGAAGGGCUAUUCAGCCAGUCGAGGAUCUGUAUCAUCUGCUCUCCCCAGCUUACUUUAGAACAGGCAGAAGAAAUAUCGUCUGCUUUGCAAGAAAAUGGUGCUGAAGUAGUCAUACACCAACCACAAUCCCCCCUCCCACCUAUCAACGAGUUCAGCCAUAUAGUUUCUUCAACUAUAGACUUCCAAGGCCAUGAUACUGCAUGUGAUGCUCUUAUUCCGGUUGUCAAACCCCAAUGGGUCCAAAUGUCAAUAUCAAAGCACAAGCUAGCGAACCCACGGCAAUAUAAUCCGGAUCCACGAUUGUUUAUGAAUGAUGUCAUUGUCACUUGUGAAGAUAUUCCGGAAGGUGAUAAGGAUGCGAUCAUUGGCGGGGUAUUGGCUAUGGGUGGUCUCUAUACUUCGCGGAUCACUAGUAGCACGACCCAUCUUGUUACCUUAUCAAUGACUGAUAAGUGUAUGGCUACUAAGAAUAGAGGUCUUCCGACUAAGAUAGUGCUACCUCACUGUAGGUUCGAUGAUUGCCUUAAACUUGGCAAAAGGAUUGAUGAACGGCCUUAUUUACUUCCCAAUCCUGAGAUCCUUCGACCAGACUAUCAUCGUCCUUUGCGCAUUACCAAAAAUAAAGACGUAGUUGGUGCCUCUACCCCAGAGCCCAACGCGCUUCCCGAUAUGGUCACAUCUCCUGGGGGAUCAAGACGCGAACUUAAUAUAUUUAAGGGGAAAACAGUGAUGAUAUCUGCAGAUUUAGGGAUAGCCGAACGCAUGACUAACUCAAUUGAACAGCUGAUAGUGGAAGGCGGGGGCAAAAUCACUAACCAGGUCUCAAAGUCAGAUAUCUUCAUCUGUCGAUACCGUGAAGGCGAGGACUAUAAAUUAGCAUCGAGAUCUGGGAAAGAAGUUGGUAACCUCUCGUGGCUAUACCACCUUAUUACACAUAAUGCAUGGACAUCUCCGCUACGACGACUUCUUCACUACCCUAUUGCACGGGAUGGCAUUCCUGGUUUCAAAAAUUUUAAAAUAAGUUUAUCUAAUUAUGCAGGGGAAGCAAGAAUUUACUUGGAGAAUCUCAUAGUUGCUGCUGGCGCUGAGUCUACGAAGACUUUGAAACAGGAUAAUACCCAUCUUUUGACUGCCCAUGGGAAUAGUGAAAAGUGCACGGCUGCAAGAGAGUGGAAUUUACAUAUUGUCAACCACCUUUGGCUUGAGGAAAGCUAUGCAAAAUGGCAACAGCAAACGGUCACAGAUCCCCGAUACACGCACUUCCCUCGGCGGACAAAUUUGAGUGAGGUUGUGGGCCAAACACGAAUAGAUAGAUACGCAGUGGAGGAGAACUUUUUCCCCCCUGAACCAGCCUCGAGUAUUAAAAAACCGACUGUUAUGCAGCAAAAAGAGAAUAAUGCCUCUUUGAGCAGGACGUCCAAGCAAGCCAAGACACCGGUUUCGGAACAGAAGGCAGCUACGGACAAUGCAGAGACCCCAGGUACCAAGCCUGAUAGUACCGUAAAAAAUGCAAAGAAAGCGAAAGACAAGCUCCCACAGACACCUUUACCCUCUAGAUUUGCCAAUCUUGGGAAAGAAAAUGAGACCCCUUCUACUACCGGAAGCCGAAAAUCAAAAGAUAUAGCCGCUGCUAGACUACACAGCCUUGCGCCUGAUAUAUCACUGUAUGAAAAGGAAACGAAGCGAGCUGGAGGUGUUAUUUAUGGAGGACGACGGAAAAGUGCCGGCGAGCCUGACACAACCAGGAAGAGAUCAGCGGAACCUGACAGUGCCUCUGACUCAGAACAAGCUGCCGGGACUAAGAAGCUCAAGACCGCAAAGCCGCCCAUUACAAUCCGCCUACUUAUUACAAGCUUCACUAGGUGGAUAGAGAAGCCUAAAAUAGAAGACUUGGAAAGAUCUCAGCUCAGGGACCUUGGAAUUUCAGUAGUCACUGAUCCCUCCCGAUGCACCCACCUGGCAGCACCUUCUAUCAAAAGAACCCAGAAAUUUGUCAAUGCCUUAGCACAUGCACCAGUGAUUAUCAAUUCUGACUUCAUAACAGACUGUCUUGAGAAAAACGAACUCCUAGACCCCGGCAAUUAUAUUCUCAAGGACAAAGCCUCAGAGAAAAAGUACAAGUUCUCCUUAGAAAAAGCUAGGCUGAGAGCGCAAGAAAACAAACAACAACUGCUCAGUGGACACACCAUUUACUGUACGGAAAAGAUCAAUGGUGGGUUUGACGCAUUCAAAUCAAUAAUCGAGGCGAACGGGGGCCAGUGUGUGCUGUAUCGGGGCCGCUCGGGGACAACCAUCAGUGGUCGACGUUCGGCAGUUGACACAUCUGACCAGGCUGAGGCGGAGGAGGUCUUCCUAAUCAGUGGGCUUGAUAAGAGUAGCGUCAAGCUUUGGGAAAAGUUCCGCACAAUGGCUCGGGAUGCAAAACGGGUGCCCAAGAUCGUCCGGUCAGAUUGGAUAUUAGACAUUGCAUUAUCUCAGGAAUGGCGAGGUGGUGACUCGUAUGAGCACGCUGACGAAGAUGUCGUGUAA